CAACGCUUCGAAGCAUUUCUAGCGUCUCCCCGACCGCAGCCUUCGUCUACUCGAAAGCUCGCGUCGCGCCCUCUGUACGCAUAUAUUGUAAUAUCGUUCGUGACGUCACGUAUUUAUCGAACCGCGAGCGUUCCUAACGGCGUUUCCCGGAAACACACGCUCAUUCGAUAGCUUCGAUAAGACGAUCGUCGUUUGUCUGGCGCACGACGGCUCUUUCGAAGCAAUAUGGCGAAGUGUGUCACGGUGGGCUCGGCGUAGACGACGUUAGCGUGACGCUCGAAAGAUGACAAGUCCGCGGUAUGGGUUGAUAAUAAUGUAGCGACGACACGUGCGAAUCGCGCGAGGAUCGACGUAAUCACGUGGCGACGAUUAAUAACUGCGCCCCAACCUGGUUCUCCCCUCGUGAUCGUGCGUGUGUGAAAAAAAAAAAAAAAGAAAAAGAAAUAAAAAACGAAGAGAAGUGCGCGCGUUAACCGGUGUUCCAAGAAAUCAUGGCUACGGAUAAGAUAAGGGUCGCCGUACGGGUACGGCCGUUCAAUCGCAGAGAGCUGGAACUCGGUACGCAAUGCGUCGUCGAGAUGACAGGGCAGCAAACCAUCUUGCAGCAUCCUAUCACGAUGGACAAGAUCGAUCGGAACAAGCCGAAAACUUUCGCUUUCGACCACUGUUUUUAUUCCCUGGAACCUGGAGUGGAGAAUUUUGCGAGUCAAGAGGUCGUUUUCGAUGCCUUGGGUCGUGAUAUUUUGGACAAUGCAUUUCAGGGUUACAACGCCUGUAUAUUUGCGUACGGACAAACCGGCUCCGGAAAGUCUUACACAAUGAUGGGCAGUGGCGACAACAAAGGGAUAAUACCACGCUUGUGUGACAAUCUCUUUGAUAUAAUAGCGAAGCAGCAAAGUUCCGAGCUCUCGUACAAGGUCGAGGUCUCGUACAUGGAGAUCUACAACGAGAAAGUGCAUGAUCUCUUGGAUCCAAAGCAGAACAAACAAUCGCUCAAAGUCAGAGAGCACAAUGUCUUGGGGCCCUACGUAGACGGACUCAGUCAAUUGGCGGUUACUUCUUUUCAGGAUAUCGAUAAUCUCAUGGCGGAGGGCAACAAGUCGCGGACGGUUGCUGCGACGAAUAUGAAUUCCGAGAGCUCCCGUUCGCACGCCGUAUUCUCGGUAAUCCUCACGCAGACGCUAACCGAUUCGAAAAGCGGGGUCAGCGGAGAGAAGGUCUCGCGGAUGAGCUUGGUGGAUUUAGCUGGAAGCGAAAGGGCUGUGAAAACUGGAGCAGUAGGUGAUAGACUUAAAGAAGGAAGCAAUAUUAACAAGUCCCUAACGACGUUGGGUCUAGUCAUUUCGAAAUUGGCGGAUCAGAAUUCUGUCAACAACAACAAGAAGAAGGAUAAUUUUGUUCCGUACAGAGAUUCGGUUCUUACAUGGCUCUUGAAGGAUAAUCUUGGUGGCAAUAGCAAAACUGUUAUGGUGGCCACUAUAUCGCCGGCUGCGGACAAUUAUGAAGAAACGUUAUCGACUCUCCGGUACGCCGACAGAGCGAAGAGGAUAGUCAAUCAUGCCGUAGUUAACGAGGAUCCUAAUGCCAGAAUUAUUCGUGAACUCAGACAAGAGGUUGAAGCCUUGAAGGAAAUGUUAUUACACGCUACAGGAUCGAUUGUCGGCCAACAACGCACAGACAUUACGGAAAAGCUAUCGGAAUCAGAACGAUUGAUGAAGGAAAUGUCACAGACAUGGGAGGAGAAACUAGUGAAAACCGAGAGACUGCAACACGAGAGGCAACAGGCUCUCGAAAAGAUGGGAAUAAGCGUACAAGCGUCCGGCAUUCAAGUAGAGAAAAAUAAAUACUACUUGGUUAAUUUAAACGAUGAUCCAAGUUUGAACGAGUUAUUGGUUUAUUAUCUCAAGGAAAGGACUCUCGUAGGCGGUCGUUCGGCUAAGACAGAACAGGAUAUUCAAUUACAUGGCUUGGGUAUACUACCGGAACAUUGCGUUAUCACGAUAGAAGAGUCAGGUCUGUACAUGACGCCGUUGAAUGGUGCUCGAUGUUUUGUCAACGGUACGCAAGUUGUAGACAAGACUCUAUUACAACAUGGCGAUAGAAUCGUUUGGGGAAACCAUCAUUUCUUCAGAGUGAAUUGUCCAAGAAGCGCUACAGCAAUCAAUAGCGAGCCGCAAACUCCCGCUCAGAACAUUGACUAUAACUUUGCCAGAGAGGAGCUUAUGCUUAACGAACUUUCGAACGAUCCGAUUCAACGGGCAAUUGCGAGGCUGGAGAAACAGCACGAGGAAGAUAAGCAGGUCGCACUUGAAAAGCAGCGGCAGGAAUACGAACGACAGUUUCAACAGCUACGCAACAUAUUAUCUCCCUCUACGCCGUAUUCGCCUUACGUACCGUACGAUCCUUUGAGAGGUAGUCAAAGCGGAAAGCUCCCGGCUUGCACACCAACCACGCAAAUGCGUGUCGAGAAGUGGGCGCAGGAGCGAGACGAGAUGUUCAAGCGGAGUCUGGGUCAAUUGAAGACGGAUAUUUUAAAGGCCAAUUCGUUGGUACAGGAGGCUAAUUUCCUCGCGGAGGAGAUGGGCAAACAGACGAAAUUUAGCGUCACCUUGCAGAUUCCUCCGAAUAAUCUAAGUCCAAAUAGAAAGAGUGUAUUCUUUCAGCGGGGCGCGUUUGUCAGUGAGCCCGCAAUUUUAGUGAAGAGAACGAAUACGGGUAGUCAAGUGUGGUCUAUGGAAAAACUAGAAAAUAAGCUGAUCGAUAUGCGAGAUAUGUAUGAGGAACGAAAAGAUCCUCACAAUUGUCAACGAUUACCUGCGAUUAAGGACGAAUUGCCAGGAAAAACACAAGAUCCAUUUUACGAAUCCCAGGAGAAUCACAAUCUUAUCGGCGUCGCAAAUAUUUUCUUAGAAGUGCUAUUCCAUGACGUACGAUUAGAUUAUCACACUCCAAUUAUUAGUCAGCAAGGAGAGGUCGCUGGUCGACUGCAAGUCGAGAUAAGUCGCAUAUCUGGACAAUUUCCUCAAGAUCGGAUUUGCGAGGCCGCUUCAGAAUCUUCCGCGGACUCGACGUCCUCCGAAACGUCCUCCGAGGAUUAUUCCGGAGGAUCUAGCCAUAUUACUUGUCGCGUAACAAUAAAACAGGCCACCGGUUUACCGCUCUCGUUAAGCCAUUUCGUGUUUUGUCAAUAUAUGUUUUGGGGUCACCCGGAACCUAUAGUGGUACCGCCUAUGGUAAACGCGGAAGUACCCAACUCGAAUUGCAUCAUCGGACAGAGGGACUCGUUGGCAUUUAAGUUUGAUCAUACAAAGGAUUUCACAGUACCCAUUACGGAGGAGUUUAUGGAACAUGCCGCAGAAGGAGCGUUCAGUAUAGAAGUAUGGGGUCAUCGCAGCGCGGGUUUCUCCCGUAGUAAACCUGGAUGGGAAGUGGAGCAACAACAAUUGGCGAAAGCUAGAUCGCUCGCUGACCGAUGGUCGGAAUUAACGAGAAAGAUCGAAUUGUGGGUGGAAAUACAGGAACUCAACGAACAGGGAGAAUAUUCGCCCGUCGAAGUCGCAGUAAAACAAGAUACGUGUACAGGUGGCAUUUAUCAGCUUCGACAAGGCCAGCAACGUCGGAUACAAGUACGAGUGAAACCGGUACAAAAUUCUGGAACCCUGCCGAUUAUCUGUCAAUCGAUAUUGAAUAUAGCUGUUGGAAGCGUGUCCGUACGAAAUCGACUGCAAAUUCCGUUAGAUAGCUAUCAAGACGAGGAUCUGAGUAUAUUAAGAGAGAAGUGGAGCGACGCUUUAAUGAGAAGACGACAGUAUCUUGAUCAACAGAUUCAGAAACUCAUUAACAAACAAGACAAAACAGAACAAGACAUGGAGCGAGAACAAAGUCUAGUCGAUCAGUGGGUUAGUCUUACAGAAGAACGAAAUGCCGUUCUGGUUCCUGCGGCGGGUUCAGGUAUUCCUGGUGCUCCUGCCGAUUGGACUCCCCCUACAGGGAUGGAACCUCAUAUCCCCGUAUUAUUCCUCGAUCUCAAUGCUGAUGAUCUCUCAACACAUCAAUCGGGAGAGGAAGUGUCAGUAACAGGGUUAAACUCGAUCCUACCUAAAGAACAUGGAAACAAAUUUUAUAAUCUACCGAUUAUUCGGCAUUUAGAGAAAGACGUAUGUGCCAUCGCCGCUUGGGAUUCUAGUAUACACGAUAACGUACAUCUUAACAGAGUGACCGAUGCCAACGAAAGGGUGUUCUUAAUUCUGAAGACUACCGUUCGCUUGUCGCAUCCAGCACCUAUGGAUCUUGUGCUGCGUAAAAGAUUAGCUUUAAACAUAUACAAGAGACAGAGUAUCACGGAUAGAAUUUUCAAGAGAAUCGUUCGAAUUGAUUGUUUAACGCAAACCGGCGUCACCUACGAAGUAGUUUCAAACAUACCAAAAGCGAGCGAGGAGCUAGAAGACCGCGAGAGCUUGGCGCAAAUUGCUGCCAGCGGAGAAGAUAAUAGUUUAUGUGACGGAGAAACGUAUAUAGAAAAAUAUACUCGCGGUGUCUCAGCCGUCGAAAGUAUAUUAACAUUGGACCGAUUACGACAAAGUGUCGCUGUAAAAGAAUUGUUACAAGCGCAAGGCCAGCCACUGAUGCGCAAAACUGCAAGUGUUCCAAACUUCUCACAGAUUAUGAGAUUUGACACGUCGAUGGACUCAUUGAAUGUUACUCGCUCGGAAAGCGUAACAGACCUUAAUACGGAAAUGAAUGGUCUCCCGCAUCCGCGACGCGCGUCCAUAGGUCACACGAGAAAUGACGAAAACUUCAUAUCUGCACCGCCAAAGCCAUUUGGAAUUGGCUCCAUUCUCAACUCAGCGAGACCAACUUUCCUGAAUCUGAACCUGAAUCUCAACUCAUUGACACGUCUUCAACAGUCUACCUCUGCCAAGUCAUCUCCAAAUAUAGUCAGUAGCAAACUGGGUCCUCGUAUGACCACGUUGCAUGAGGAAACGUCUAAUGUUGGAAACCAAGCAUUUACUCCCAUUAAUGACGAUGACGAGGAGAAAAGCGAUGCCGAUUACUCUGAAUAUGAGGCAUAUCAGGCUCCACCAAAACCGACAAAACCGUUAACUUCUUCACGCACAUUGGAUUCUCUGGUUGAGCUACAAUCGACCAAGAUCAACACGCCAAGUAUGAGUAGUAGCGGUUACGGUUCUCAGGCUGUCUCCACGACAAACCUAACGUCAGAAGAUUCCAUUUCCAUCAAAUCUAUCAGCGUGGACGAAACUCCGGAUCUCGAGUAUCGUAAUCCUAUCGAUAGCAAGAAACCCGAGAAAAUGGACAGUUCUCUCGUUGAAGAAACACCCGAGGAAUACCUGGGCGUAAACUCUGCGUUGAAUAACAUGGAUAUCUCACAGAGCGCUUGCACAGAAGAAUAUACUAGAAAAAAUCUGGACGAGACGGGAGCGUAUAUGGAUACUGACAUCGAUAGCCCAGUUUCUUCUACAAAGAGCGAAAGUGAAACCAAUAGCAACGUGAUUCACAUCGAGACUCGGAAGAAAAGUACACAUGAUCAGAUUUUCGACGAUAGGAGGAAAAGCGCGACGGAAAUCAGUCAGACAUCUAAUUCGGGAGAUGAUAGUCCCACGGAAGGGACGUCAGUCGUACAUACCAAACUGCCACCCGGCAAGGUCGUGCGAAGAAAAAAGACUUGUAGCGGUACUGGAAGGCCUACCAGUUCACAGCAUAGAGCUUCGUUUCCUAUGGUCCGUCCACAACUUUCCGAGAGUAAGGCUGCAGCACGUUUGGAACAAACGCUACAACCUAAUAUGUCAUAUGAAAACGGCGACAAUAGUUCUUCGGAGAGAAUCGAUGCAGAUGAUGUCAGCGACAAAAGUUCGGCUUUUGGUUCAAGACAUGAUUUAACUCGAAUGGAAACUCUUUUACCAGAUUGGGUCGUCGUUGGUGAAUCAGUCCUGGUUCGUCCUUACAGUUAUUCCGGAGUCAUAGCAUAUGUUGGCCCUACAGAAUUUGCAUCCGGAACUUGGAUAGGAGUUGAACUUGAUGCUCCAACUGGCAAGAACGAUGGUGCUGUUAAUGGUCAUAGAUAUUUUACCUGUAGGCCAAAAUGUGGUAUAUUUGUUAAAGUGGAUAAGCUAAUUCAAGACAGACGGGGACGAGCGCUUAGAAGCUACACCAAGCAGGAAUCUGCACCAGCACCAUCCGCAUUAAUGCGCAGGAGCGUUAGCAAAGGGGAAGGCUUACAUUCCUUGCACCGAAGUCGUAGCCGAGGGGAAGGCCUCUCUACAGCAGGUACACUACGUUCUUUUUCACGCGGCAAAUAAACGAAUCGUACACAGCUUCGACAUUACUUCGUGUUGGUAAAAGCCACUACAUAAGUAUCCUAAUUGCUGCAUGCCUAUGAUAUGUGUAGCAGCAAUGUUUCAGUCCUUUAGACAUUUAGAGGGCAGCUAUUGAUUAUCCUCAAAGUAAUACUUGAAAUAUUAGGUCAUUAAUGUGUUAUGAACCCACACACGAAGCGUGGGUUGUUUUCGACUCGGAUCAUGCUGCGUGAGUGGUGUAUCUACUUUCGAAGAUAGUGACCGAUAUAUAAUUGCCGCUAUGUAUCGAAAGUCGGCAGCGUUUAUUCAUUUACGAGCAUUCCACAAUUUUUAUCACGACUGGAAGCAUUUGUUUUACGCGAGAGGAAGGAAGCAUAAUUGUGUGCGAUUUAAUUGUACAUUUUAAAGGAAUCAAAAGUCAAUGCGACAUUUUUUCUUUUACUCUGUGUAUGUCAAUCUGAGAUAUGUAACGACAAUUUCAUGUAUAUAUUCCAUGUAACGGUACACAUACUUUGCAUUUAUGAAAUCGGUCCGUGUUGACGCGAUGGAUACGAUAAUAAUAAAUCGAUUUAAAUAUUGGCUUUUUCACACAUCAUCAUUGGAUUAUACACUUUCCAAAAUUACCUUACGGUAAUUUACACGCUGCUGGAAAAGUGCCCAAUGAAAGGAUGAAAACGUUAAAAGACACUUUACAUAUACUUUACCGCGUUGUGUAGAUUAUUUAAAGAUUUUAUAUGUAUACAAUUGUUUCAUAUAUUGUAUUUUUUUAGCGCGAUUAUGUAUAAGUUCCUUUUUAUUGUAACAUACAUCUUUUCUCACCGUUACCCUAUUACACGAAUAUGACACAUCUUAAUUUAUACAUUCUAAAUGCAUAUUGCAUUUUUGGAAAUUGCAAACUGAUCCUUAAAUACUGUAGUUAAUUGAUUUAAGAGACAAGUUGCAAAUGUCCAAAGAUACAACGUCCAAGUUGUCAACGUCGAGUCGCAAUAUUAGGUUUAGGUAUUAGAAAAACUAUAUAUAUAUAUAUAUAUAAAUAUAAAUGAGCUUGCUUUGUUGUAUUAAUUGCAUAUAGCUGUAUAUUCAUUAAAUUUUUUGGUGAACGUCUGGGUUGCCGACGUUAUAUCUCACUUUGUCUAUAGACAUGGCAAUAUAAACAUUAGCAAACAAUCUAUACACAUUUCAUAUUUCUCUUUAACAUGAUUCACGCAUUAUCAAAUAACAGUUAUUCCCAUUAUGAGAAUUAAAUUUGGCUUUAUUCCAAAAGCUACUACACAUAAUCACAAUUCAAAAUCGAUGAGAACUAUUAGAUUUCCUUCUUAAUUCAUGGAAUAGAUUGUGUCGUAACGAAUACGAGGAAAAAGAUAAAAAAUAAGCGCUUAACGACUAAGGUUACUCGGUAACAUUUGCCCAAAUUGUGAAAACAACUCCUCUGUCCAAUUAGAACAAUACUUAUAUUAUCAAUAAUGAAUAUAAAUUACUAAUGAAUAUAAAUUACUUAUGUAAUAUUUAUUGAAUAUAAUAAUAAUCGCCACGCGCGGCGCAAUGUUUCCUUAACGUGACAGACAAUUGCACCGUUUUUAUAUAAAUGACAAUUAUCUCCACGAGAAGGAAACUUUGUAACCUUGCAAGGCAUCUGUCCAUUUUUGGUAAUCGAGAUCGUUGAGGAAGAAACACAAAUUAUAAGACUCCACAUGUCAGAAUGAUGCUACAUGCUUGCCCGGCAUGCAAUAACGUUAAUAAAUUCUUUGUUUUAAUUACAUGUUUUCGGUUUUUGCAUUAUUACAUUGCAAUCGACAUUUAUAUUGCUUUGAACGCAUUGGAACUCGUAUAUCGCUUGCAAAACGAAACUUGUUUCCCUUUUCUACUUCAAGGAUAGCGCGAUAUAUUGUUCAAAAAUAGUCAUGUAUGAUUUUCACUGUGUAUUUUACAUAUAACAAAAACUAUUGGAUUAUAUUUUUUACGAAUUCUUUAUAAACAUACAGCCAAAAAAAUAAAGUUGUUUUAUCUCACAAUACACACACAUAUAUAUUACCCAAGGAAAAAGAAAAUAAAAAUACGAAAAAAUAUAUUAAAUUAAAUGGAAAUUGAAAAACAACACAUCUCUCAACAAUAAUCAAGAAACUAAGAUUUUUUUUUUAAUCGUGGCCUUAUAGGGGGUUAACAUCAAAUGAUUAUCAUUAUGUUAUCAGGAAUAUAAUGUUCGAAAAGCUGCAGUGGAGCAUCUAGCAUUGACAGAGCUUACACAGCCUAUUCCAUCCCGCAAUAAGACAAUGUCCAUUUUUACCGUUACAAUUGUCUAAAAAUAAUUGUUCACGCUAUACUUUGUACCCUAAAUAUGAUUCUAGAAUAUAAUAUUUUCGACCAAUCGCGCGAUUUUACCUCUGGAAGACUUCCGAGUUUGACAUUAUUAAACGCGAUCGAAACUGCAAAUGACACGCGCUCACGGUCCAAAGUUCCAAAGAAUCGCACAGGAGGGUCCACAUGAUCAAAAUCGAGUCUCCUAACUAUGGCUGUGAAAUUAACCGAUGUUUUGCUAUUUACGCUAUUUUUCCUCGAUUUUUUUUAUUCCCGUACUUGAAGAUAUCACAUGCGCCGAAUUACGCGCUUAUUUUCGUAAUUCUCUUCUCUUUAAACAGGGUUUCUAUGUCUCUCUGAAUUAUAUAUUUAAAAUAUAUAUUAUAAAUACAUAUCUGUCUCUGUUUAUAUAUUCAAUAUCUCAACAAAACGUCGAAAAAUUUUAUUUUAGGAAAUUGCACUAAAAAAUCUUCAAAAUAUUCUCUUUAUCUGGAAUCUUGAUUAAAGAUAUCUAAAAAAUCAGGGAAUUUUUUUUAUAAGAUUUGAACAGACACCCUGUCAAAGUAUCGCGAAAUUCUAAAACGUCUCAAACGCUGCUGCCGAUUAAUUAUGUAAAUUAUGACGAAGGUUACAACUCGAGCAAUUUAUUUUCUAUCGUGAUUUUCUAUGUACGAAAGAAUAAAAUAUAUUUUAAAAAAAAGAUUAUGCACAUCGGACAAAUUUAAGGAUCGUGAGUCGAUAAGACGACAGCGAGAACGACCUUAUUUUUAUAAUAGAUAGAUAAUGAUUAAUUUGAUACAAAUUUAUAUUAUAUAAAUUGUAUCGAAAAAAUUUUUCUUAAAAUAUAUUUCUACUUAACGACAUAAAUAUUUUAUGUUUUAUAUUAUUUGCCGCGAUACAUAUGUAUAUUAAAUGCAUUUCAUCGCAAGAGACUACAAUAUUAAUUCUAUCUCUAUGUAUUUAAUGAUUCACACUUCUCUCGAAGUGUCUUAUCGACCGCAUUUGUCAAGCGGGUGCGCUUAAAUAUUGUCAAUUAAGCGAAGAAGUGCAAGAGUAUGUAAUCUUGAAUUCGGAACUCUUCUAUAAACCAGUUUUCACAGUAAGACUGUUCGGGGACGCGAUCAUAUUAAUGUAAAAUCUACACACAUGUAUAUGUACAACAUAAGUCUCGAGAUUGGUGUUAUAUUUUAAUGUAAUGUAUAAGAAAAAAAACGAGAAAAAAAAAAGAGAAGAGAAGCAUAUAUAUAACGGGAAAAUAACAAAGAGAGUAUGUGUCACGAAGAAAGUGACGAAACAUCUUAUUCGUUACGUUUAUCGGUUAUCAUGGUAACAUAAGAAAAAUUAGCGAAGUGUGUAUUUGCUUCAUAUAUCUCUUCUCAUUUAUUCUAAUCGCAUUAAAUAGAUUUAUCAAGGCGGCACUAUACAUAUAUGUUAGGUCCACGACACUCGCGCGCGUUCAACUUGGUGUAAUUAUAAAUACGAUUGUCACACAAAUCGUGAUAUCAAACACGGCUAUCUCUUUCAUCGCUGAGAAAACUAAAAAAAAAAAAAAGUCACUUAUUAGAGACGCCACGUUUGUGCCGAAUCCGUUUGAUCCACGCUACUUGUCAUAUAUGUAUCUUAUAAUAUCCUCUAUAUACGCGAAAAAUCAUAUCUUCCUUUCGAGAAAAUCAAAUCAGAUCAAAUAUUCGAAUAGAUCCAUUGCACUCAGCCGUAGAGGAUUUACAUUUCGAUUCGUUAAUUUUGAUCCUAAUAUCUUACAUCAAAUAAAACAUUUGACAUAUAUAUAUAUACAUACACAAACGUUUCUUCCUCUUUCUUUCUAAUCAAUCGAAAUGAGAUAUCAAUGUUUUACGGUAUAGCGUGGAUCAGAUGGAUACCCAACAUAAACACGAUAAUCACCGAAUCGACCGAAUCUUUCUAUCUACUUGGUAAAUAUUGUGCAAUGAUGGUGGCAGAGAAAUGGCGACGUAAAUAUUUCAAAGUGUGUAAUAAAUAGUUUCAGUCGAUCGGCGAUUUUACGCUAUAAGUGUAGAGCCUCUUCUGCCAGAAAUAAUGAAUGAUACAGUUGAUAAUUAGAUAAUAAGAAUUUCGGAAAUUCUCUUUGUAGAUCGAUAGGAUGCUAUGUCGUCUGGUUGUAGAUAACCGGUAAUAGGAAAGCCUAUUUUUGCAUUGUGCGAUUAAAAAAACGAAGAAAAAAAAAAAGUAUUUAGCCAGUUCAUAUUCAGCGAUUAUACACACACUUGGAUGGAGUGUCAUAUAAAGCUCCAAACUAUACAAGAACAACUUGUAGGAUAUUGACUGUCAAUGUCGUAAUAAUGUGAUUCAUAUAACAUCCAGAUUCAAUGCUCAUCGAUAUAUGCUUAUUAUUUACUUCUUACAGACUGCUGUAGCUUCCGCUCCCUCCCCCCUUUUUCGCAUAAAUUAUUAUUUUUAUUUAUAACUUAUUACUUCGACUAACUUUCAAUCAUUCGAUAGAUAAUGGUGGGUUAAACAAUUUAUGUUGCACAUUGUUUACAAAUUAGAAUAGAUCUAGAAAAUGUUUUAAAUAGUUUGAAAACAAAUUUAUUGUAUAAUUCGAAAAACUCUACCAAUUAAUAAUUAAUUGAAUUAUCGAAUGGUACAUGAAGGUAUUUACGAUGUAAUGUAAAACAUUAUUUUCUCGAGAUUACAGUCGUAAGUAAUCGCAAGAAUCAACUUCUAUACAUACAUCAUAAAUAGCGCACCAAUAAUAUAAAGACACCAUAUACCAUGGGUGUAAAAAUUUCUUAUAGUACGAAAAUAUAAUUAGCGGACUUAUAUAUAUAAAUAUAUAUAAGUGAUAUAAAAGACAUUUAUUUUGCAUUGUGCAUAGCAAUUCAAGUCGAUCGAAUUAUUGAUUCAGCCCGAUCGAAAUUUCAAUAUUUAAAAAAUAUAGGUAGCGCGAUUGAGCUAGUAAGUACCUCUAUGCACUCGUGUUGGUAUAGUUCGUAUAGUACAUAUAUUCUGGCAUAAUGUUUAAUAUUUACUUCUCUGAAUGUUAGCAUGGAAUAUUCUAAUCGCGAUCCAUCUUACUUACACGCUUCAAAAAUUGAAAUAUUAUUUAUAAAAUUCUAACAUUAAAAGUUGGAUAAAAUACGAGUGCAAAGUAGAGUCUAUUAAAAUUUGACCCCGCGUUAAUUUUGGCACACAUAUUUUCACAAAUACUGUAAUAUUGCAUCCCACAAUUAGUGUGAAGUAGGAUAUUCGUUAUUUUUUAUUUUCCAAAAAUUUUUCUCUUCUAUCCUUAAAAAAUUAACGAGACUCUAUUGCCUGUGUAAUAUAUCCAUUUUAACAAAAUUCAGAAUUUUUCUUAUGAAAUUAAUAAGCAACUGAUAAGCAUAGGAAUGUUUGAAAUCGUUUUUUGGAUUAAUCUGAAUUGAUUUGAAGGAGAUGGAUCUCGUAAAUAUUCCACAAAUCCCAUUUUCUUUGGCUCUUUCUUUCGCUCAAAUUAAAAUGCGUAAUAUAUUAGUGUGUUUCGAGACGUUUCUUCGUAAUCUUAUGAUUAGAAGUUAGGUUUGCGAUUCGGUUAGGGCAACGUGCGUCCACGGGUAUCAGAAAUAUAUCACCCGCACAAUUUUCAUGUCUUACACAUCACGCAUGCAUGCAUAUACAGUCAUAUGCGUAUUCAUUAGAGACAUACCCGCUUUAACAUGCUACGUGAGGAAGAUAAAGGCAAAAUAAAGAAAAUGUAACUAGCGAAUAUAUUCCAUGUAAUUUUUCUUGUAAUUGAAAUGAAAGCUAUUCAUCCUUUUUAUAGCUGCAGCAAGCAUUCUUACUUAAGCGAUUACCAUUCUUUGCCGCAAAAGCAAAAAUGUACUUUUCGAUCUCGUAGGCUAUCUAAGAGCUAAUUAUUAUUAACGAGGAAUACACUAGAACUGUGUCGUAAAAUCAAGGGAUGAUUACCGUGUAAUAGUAUUAUUUUAUAAGCAGUCAAUAAUAUUAUGAUAUCUAUCGAGAUAAGCUAAACACUGUAUCACCCCUUUCUCCAGAAUUUUGUCAUUUAUGAAAAAAAAAAAAAAAAUCGUAUAUUCAUU